AUGUCCAUCUCGGAGCGCACGCACAUUCGUUGGUUUCCAGAUGAGGCGUCGGAGCCGACCUCAACGCUUGUCCUCACGGCGCACAACAGGCAAUUUGUAGAUUUGCGCCUCGUCAAGCCUGAUGACCCUUUGGCGCCGUUCACUUCCCUCGAUUGGGGUAUCGGGGGCAGGUCCGUAGGAAUCUUGUCACACGGAGAGUGGAUCCACGAUAUUGAUUCUCGCACGGAGAACCCGGACGAGAAGGACGAGGGAGACAUGUACCCACAUUCCGAGUUGCCCAACGUGACUCUUGAGCGAGGAAAAAUGCGACAUCCAGAAAGCGGGGAGAUCAGAGAGUACGAAGAGGGCUGGAAAGACCUCGAUAUACUUCCGGUUGGAGGGCCAGAAACCGGGAGACGGACCAGCGUCGUACUCGAAACCGCCUUUGAUCCGUCCGACAAGUCGGCAGUGGCUGGGACUCGGAGGGGCCUGAUCGUGAGGGUCGGACAGUUCUGUCAGGCAAUCCUUCGCGAUGGACCGUCUCUCGUGGUCGAGAGAUGGCUGUGGACCGCUGAUGAAGGGUGGAAGAUGCUCGCUCGUAUAGGGGAAGGGGCUCAUCUGCCUUGCGAUCUUACGUGGAGCGAGGCACUGGCAUCAGGGGAUCAUGGUAGCAAGGAAGGCAUUCCUUGGGUAAUCAAGGAAGUGCGCAUGUGGUGA